AUGGAUUACAUAGGCAAAUUGGUGUCAUUAACCAAAGAAUUCUACAAUGGUAUCAAUCCUGCUACAUUAACAGGAGCUAUCGACGUUAUUGUCAUUGAACAACCUGAUGGUAGCUAUUCAUGCUCUCCAUUUCAUGUCCGUUUUGGCAAGCUUGGCGUUUUACGAAGUCGUCAGAAAGUGGUGGACAUUGAAAUUAAUAAUCAAUCCGUUCCGGAUAUAUUCAUGAAACUAGGAGAUGCUGGUGAAGCCUUUUUCGUCGAAGAAACUGACGCUCCAGUGCCUUCUUUCUUAUCCACCUCACCUAUUACUACUUUCGCUGAUGACUCUAUUGAACCAAGCCACCGUAAUCCUCAUUCUGAACAGUCAAUUUCGCCAAGCAAUGACGUCAAGGUCGAUAUUGAAAACAAAGGUGAUACAGUUAUACCAGUGGAUGGUGAUCACAAUAAACUGAACGAAAAUGCACUCUCAGAUUCAGAAAUUACUGCUUAUUCUAGCAUAUCAGAAGCGAUUAGUAUUCCCUCUAGGAAGUCAGAAUGGGAAGGACUACGUGAUCACGAUGGUGAACGUUACUUAUUUUCGGAUGGUGAUAUCAGCCCUACCAGAUCAAGUCCUGUAGAUGCUAUUCCUCUCGAUUCUCAUACUUCUCCACACAGCGAUACAGAAGUUGAGUUACAUCAAUCAGAUACAACAUACGAUGAUUUUGAAGAAAACUGGAAUUGGGACAAAGCUGACAAAGAAAAAACCAAAGAAUAUACGGAAAAUAAUGGAUCUUUAAUACGCAGUAUGAUAAAAUUUAUCAGUCGGAAAGACUCACAAAAAGGAGAAGCGCCAACAGAGGAAAAUGAUGGAGGUAUAUAUUUGUCAGAGCUGAGUAAACCGGAUGUAGACCCAGAAGUUACAGCAAAAUACCUCAGAUCAAAUCGGUCAAAAAAAAGUAAUUCCUAUGAUAGUAAUGAAGAAACAUCUAUACUACAGCGUGAAAUGCAUCGUGAGCUAUCUUUACCUACGGUUGCCGCGACAGGCAGCACGUCGAAUAAUAAGGUUACUCACCUUUCCGAGAGCCUUCCAAUGAUUACACCUAGUCUUGAAAGCGAAAACACGAGCAAAGAUUAUGCCGAUAUUGCUAUCUCCAGUUGUGGCUACAAUUCUGCCAUUAAUGACCCUAAUUCUCAAGAAAAAUUCAACGCCUCCGUUAUCUCAUAUGAAGAAUUUUGUGCUAACCCUAAUCGUCUCUUUGACGAUGAAACAGUUGUUAGAAUUGCCGAUAACUAUUACACGUGGCAAGUUGCUAUACCAAUGGUAAUGUCAAUGAUGUUGUAUCAACAACCAUUACCUCAGACUCAGAAGUCUUCUAUUGGUUCAUGGUUCUCUUGGAGAAGCCCGUCACCUACGAAGAAAGCACAAAUCGAUAACAAAGUUCCCAGGAAGCAUAGAGUAUCGAAUGGCGAGAUUUCAGCGAGUGACGAAGGAACGGACGAUGAAUCUACCGGUAGCAAAGAAAAUAUCGAAGCAAACAAUAAUGGUAAAAAAAGUCACGGUGGCGACGAAGUAGAAUCAUUUUGUAGCGAAAAUUACAAGAAAGCUUUGCGCCUUUCGUCUGAUCAAUUGAAAAAAUUGAAUUUAAAGAAAGGCGACAAUACAAUAACUUAUUCGGUAUCAUCAAAGUAUCAAGGUACAGCAUCGGUUUCCGCAUCCAUCUAUCUGUGGAAUUACAAAGACAAGAUUGUAAUAUCUGAUAUCGACGGAACAAUUACUAAAUCCGAUGUGAUGGGCCAAAUCUUGCCUGUUUUUGGUAGAGAUUGGACACAGAACGGAGUAGCGGAAUUCUUUUCGAAAGUUAAAAAGAAUGGUUAUCAAUUUAUAUACCUAUCAGCACGUUCUAUAGGCCAAUCAUCCAUCACUAAGAAUUUCCUUAAAAGCGUGACUCAGGGUAAUAUAAACCUACCGGAUGGACCAUUAAUGCUAUCACCUUCAUCUUUGAUAAAAUCAUUCCAUAGAGAAGUAAUUGAAAAGAAACCGGAAAAAUUUAAGAUAGGCUGCUUACGUGAUUUACAGAAGCUUUUCCCAGAAAAUCCCUACUAUUCUGGAUUCGGAAAUAGAUUGAACGACGCAUUUUCUUAUCGUGCUGUUGGGAUACCAGUUGGCAGAAUUUUUACCAUAAAUACAAAGGGAGAAAUCAGAAACGAUCUUAUCAACACUUUUCAGUCAUCAUAUAUGAAGCUUGGCGAACUUGUUGAUCAUAUGUUUCCGCCCAUUUUAUACUCGAAUGUACGUACUGCUGAAAUUAGCAGAGCGGAAUAUAAUGACUUUAAUUACUGGAAGGUUCCGCUAGCCAAUUUGAAUUUAAACAGCGAAGCCCUAGAGGGAGUUGUCUUACCACAUGAAAUAAAUAAGAAAGCUAAUAAAUCAUAAA